AUAGGAUGCCCUGGACGUCGAAUAAACGCACGGUAAAAAGAACGUGCAUGUGAAUUCACAAAUUACAUGGCUGCCUUCUCGGGGACGAAGUGAUCGAAUCUACUCUUCGAAACUGUCAAUUUACAGCAGGAUAACUGACAUAUCUACGAGUUCAUCGGUCUCUGUGGCUUUCCCAGAUUGAUUUGGAUACGGACGAGGUAAAUAACAUUGCCUUUGGAUGCGUAUUUGAGAGAGGUUUUCGUCGGAUGGUUUUUGCAGAGAACCGCAGCUUCACAACACGGCUCUGGAUCUAAACCAACGCGGAAUAGCUAUAUAGCCCAAUGGCACAGAGGUAUCAUGAUGAUGGUCUGCCCCAUUACGGAGGUUUAGAAUCUUCAGCUACAUCAAUGUAUGAAGCCCACGCCCCACGUUCUGCAGUUCACUAUUCCCAGGCUUACGGCCAACCCAGCAUACCACAGCUGAACCAUGCUCCAGCAGUGGGCCACCCACAGUUCUAUUCCAGCCAUACAGCCAAUGUCAUGACACCCGUAUCAACAGGGGUAACAGACAUACACAAAAGAGACAAAGAUGCCAUAUAUGGGCAUCCAUUAUUUCCCCUUCUUGCACUAAUCUUUGAGAAGUGUGAGCUUGCAACUUGUACGCCUCGUGAGCCAGGAGUGGCCGGUGGUGACGUUUGUUCAUCAGAGUCCUUCAAUGAAGAUAUCGCUGUCUUCGCUAAACAGGCAAGGGCUGACAAGCAGUACUUCUCCAGUAAUGAAGAACUUGAUAGUUUGAUGAUUCAGUCUAUUCAGGUACUGAGGUUUCACUUAUUAGAGUUGGAAAAGGUACAUGAGUUGUGUGACAACUUCUGCCAUCGAUACAUAAAUUGUCUAAAAGGGAAGAUGCCAAUCGAUCUAGUGAUUGAAGAUAGGGAAGGAGGGAUGAAUGGAGGAAAGCCAGGCUUGGGAGAUAACCUCACAGAUUCAAGAAGUGAAACGGGCUCGGUGGGUCCUCCUGCACAAGGAGCUCUUACUCCAUCUAGUGGUCUGCAACAACCUAGCAGUAACUACAGCCAACAUUCAGGAAGCUUACCUCUAGGCAAUCAUGGCCAACAACAAGAUGAUACUCACUCUAAUGCAGGAUCAGAUACACCACUCACAAGCAUGGUCGCUCAAAUGCACUCUGGAGAUAACAAUAGUGAAACAGAUGGUGGUCUUGAUAACAGUCUUGGUUCAGGUGAAGGAACGGGUGAAGAUGAUGAUGAUGAUAGAGCAUCUAAACGCCAGAAGAAACGAGGCAUCUUCCCUAAAUCAGCAACAAACAUCAUGAGGGCGUGGUUAUUUCAGCAUCUUACUCACCCUUAUCCCUCUGAAGAACAGAAGAAGCAACUAGCGCAAGACACAGGCUUGACGAUCCUACAAGUUAACAAUUGGUUCAUCAAUGCACGGCGUAGGAUAGUCCAGCCGAUGAUUGACCAAUCAAACCGUGCAGGAGGUCAAGGCAUGAUGGGUAAUGAUAUGAUUGGCCAAUCAGCAGCAGUCUCUGGUAUGGGUAUGCCUCCUGUAUCGGGUGGUUCUUCUUAUUCUCACUCCACCCAGCUCCACCCCUCAAUGCACUCACAAGCUAUGAUGCUCGCUGGUCACCCUCACUCUAUGAUGAUGUCUCAUCAUGCAUCAGGACAUGUUGGAUCACACAGUGGUGGGGUUGGCCAAUCUUCACCUAGUCUUCUUAACCACAACGACUCGGUCACAGCAUAAACAACAACAACAACAACAAAAAUAACAAGAGAAACCUAGAAGGUUAAUCUAUAAUGUUGAACUGUCGGUGAUAUGGCUAUUGCAGAUGAGAGACGCCAUUAAUAUCAUUUGUAAAUAUCUGUCUGACAUCUACUUGUAUUGAACUUAACUUGUGAUAUAUUAUGGUACUUGCUCUAGCACUUUUUGCAACAUGGAAGUUGUAUUGGUAAGUAACUGCAUCAUAAGCAAUGCCCACUGAAUACAUACUUGCUGAAAUGGUUUUAGAACGGCUAUAGGAAAUACAUUGGGCUCGUUGCUCUUGUAUGCUGGAAUUCUGGCCUAUUCAUGUUUUGCAAACACUCAAGAACUUAUAGAAUAUGUCAACUUUUGUCCUAACUAGGCUGUUUGUCCAUGGGUCAGUUUUUAUUAUUAUUUUUUAAAGUAUGUCCUUUGCAUUCAGUGUUCCUUGCAAGACGUAAACUGACUUCAAAGAAGAACGAUAAAGUUCAUUUUUAUGUUUGAGCCUCUCCUUGUGGCUGUUUAAGUUUGAGUCUUGUGGCCAUUUAAGAUUCAAGGUGUUCUGUUCUAAGAAAAGAUCUCUUCCUGGGUUUUUUCAGGAUUUGUAAUUUUUGGAAAUCAUGAGCCUGCAUAAUGAAAAAAAUGAAACAGAUGUUGUCAAGUUUGGAGCCAGAAAUACCUCAAUACUGAGAGUGGGACUAUUGUAUGUGAUUGCCUUACUUACCAACAGGAUCGAGUUUGGAUAAAACCUGCCAUUAUUCCCAAAUCAUAGCUCUCAUAACUUCUACUACACUCUCCCUGAUUUUAUAUAAUAAUGGACCUGAGGGAAUGCCACACGCUUAAUGCCAAAAUAGGUUUUGUUGUUUUAAUAAAUUUGUUUUUUUACUCUGUUGGGAAAAUGAAUAUACACAAGGGACUAAUAUUCUUGCCAAAAACAUUCAAAAUGUUGCCAAAAGAAACAUCAUUUUCAAAAUGCUGUUUCAUUGUGUAAACCAUACGCAUCAUACUUUUUUAACAACAAAUAUUAACAAGAUUACAGGAAUCAUGUAUUUGAAACAAAAAUCCCUUUUUUGUUUUGUUUAUUCAGGAAUCAGUUAUCAUACAAAGCUGUUAAAAACAAAAAGAAAAGAAUAAUAAUAAUUAAGAGUACCAAAACAUUGGUGUGGAGAAGAAAAUUGUUUCAAAGCAGUACGUCAACAAUUCUAAAGCACCAAGAAACUAACUUCAAGUAGUGUAGCCUUGGCAGGGUCAUUGGUUCACCAGUUCCUAAUUGUUUCAAAGCAGUAUGUCAACAAUUCUAAAGCACCUAGAAACUAACUUCAAGUAGUGUAGCCCUGGCAGGGUCAUUGGUUCACCAGUUCCUAAUUGUUCAAAGCAGUAUGUCAACAAUUCUAAAGCACCUAGAAACUAACUUCAAGUAGUGUAGCCUUGGCAGGGUCAUUGAUCCACUAGUUCCUAAUUGAACGGGAUUGUGAACAUUUCAUAUGAUUGACACCGAAACCUUUGAUGCCAAUGAAGAACAGUGUCUCCUCUUACAAACUCUUGGUGGCACCAUUCUUUGUGAAUGGCUUCAAAAUCAUUGUUGGGUAUUUAUCUGUAAAAAUCACCAUCUGUAAUGUACAGACACAUGCAUUACUUAUAUCAUUACUUGUUAUACAGUUAAAAUUCAGAAUUCAAGCACAACUUUGUAUUCUACGCACAUUUCUUGACAUAUGGAAAUUAUCAAUGAGAGUUGAGGUUUUAUUAGUUCUAGGAAUUCUGGAGUGGAUAUUUUGUGAAGAAUAAAAAAAGAAGUUUGGUUAUUCAUGUGGUGUGAACCAUUAAUGCAAAUCACACUAUUGGUGUAGAGAUCUAUUUAGGUAUUGAACCUUUUGGGGAGUAUUCCUAAAUACUCUACACAUAAGGUAUCAAAUCCUAACCACAUACUUCCCUUUCAUUUGGUUUGCCCUUUCAUUUUUUCCCUGAACAUUUUUUCUCAUUUCUUGUUCAGCAAAAAUAUAAAAUAAGAUGUUUGUGCCAACUACAAAUGUGCCAAGAGAAUCUCUGGUUUUUACAUUCUGAACUCACAUAAUUGGUGCCAACAUACAAAUUAAAAGUCUUUCGCAGUCAGUUGAUAAUUAACAAUGCCCUAAAUCAUUUUAUUUUUUCCCCGAUUCCAUGGGGUAACUCUUAAAGCCUUACAUUGAUUCUAGAGAUGUUUUUGUCAUCAAAAAGCGCUUGUUUUGAAUUUGACACUUACCUGGGGGAAGUUUAAUAAUAUGCUAAUUUUCUUAACAUUUCUGGGUGUGAAUCGAUUAUUAAACUAAAAUCCUUGUAAAUAAAUAGUUGUUGUUUUUUACUCUGAGUCAACCUGGAUUGAUCGCUAGGUUGAAUCAAAUCAACGAUUCUGUGUGUCCACUUAAAGUGGUUUGUUGGUGCAGACUCUUUUAAUGGAGAUCCUUGUAUUCGUUUCUCAGUUCCCUCAAAAUAUGGACAAAGUAGGAAACUCUUUGAAUUGUUGAUUUUUUUUAGAACUUUUCUGAUUGUUAAGUGAAUGUGAUUCAAAUACUCUUAUUGUAUUGAGUUACAGGAAAUCUUACUGAAUGUACUCUAUGACAGGCUUAUAAACAGAAACUCAUCAGGUUUCUUUUCUGUAUUUUGAUGGAACAAGUUAAAAGAAAUGGGAAGACUAAAGUGUACAGUUUAAAGUGGAUAUUUCUCAGUUAAGUACAUUUUCAUUACCAGUUUUGAUGGUAUGUUUAUUUGCUUGUUUGUAAUGUUUAAAGAAUAUUGCCCACCUAUGUAUAGUUUUUUUGUAUGAUUUGUGAUUUUUGUUUUUUUCAAAAUGUGUUUCUCAGAAUUAAAUCUUUGAAAUGCUGAGCUCAAUUCCCGUCUGUGUCUGAUGUGGACAUAGAUUAGCAAUACCAUGUGACAUGCCUAUAUUGAAAAAUUUGUAAUAAAAUUACAGCAUGCAUGAAUUGCUUUAAAGCAGAUCUUGACUGAUGACUGCACAUAGCAUUCUCCAUGUUCUGUAAGUCCCUUAAACUUUGAAAGAAAAACAAAAAGGUAUGGUCUUUUAAACAUCAAAUUGACAUUUAAAGUUUUCUGCAUUCAAGAGUUCAUUUUCCGUAAGGCAGAAUUUGACCAAUUUCAACAUAGCAUAACAAAGUAUUGCCCUCAAUUAUUCUUGUCUUAUUUUUAACAUUGUACUUGAAGUAUUGGUGCUUGUAAAACUAAAUUGGUAAAUGCGAGUUCAUAUCAAUGGUACAUUCUUUGAUGAGUGUUGGACUGUGGGCAAAUAAAUGAAACAUUUCAUUUUAUUCAUUGCGUGGAUAGAGAUACAGCAUUUUUAAGUUUCAAGAUAAUAGUAAUAUAAAUCUAUUUCAGAUUUGUUAUCUAUUUUUCCCAUUCAUUUUAAAUGAAGAAGUGUGAAAACGAGAUUUGUUCUUGCCAAUCUGUUGGUGAUGUAAACCCACCCAUUUAUUCUUCUGUCUUUGUUUGACAUUAGACACUCGACAGCAUUAUUGGUUUUCUUCAAAUAGAAUGGAAACACUCUUCAAGGAGUGAAGUUGGUUUAUCUUUGAUAUAUUUAUUCAUACAGCACAGUUACCCGGGAUUUAACAAGAAAUGUACAUGACAAUUUGACACUAUUGCUUAAUUGCUCACCUUGUAAACCCUUAUAAGGUGCUACAUAAUUGGGUCUUAGAAUUCACCUCUGCAAUGACCUUUCUUUCUGAAAGUGUGUGUAUACUCAGCACCUUGAGUACCUUGUUUGGUAGAUAUGUGCGCUAUAUAAGACUUAAAACUUUUUUAUUUUUUUUGCAACUCCUAAAAGUUGGACAUAAUUUGUUUUCCCUCAGUAGGAUUGCAGAAGUCAGUUCUAGCAUAAAAACUUUGGCCCUAUUUAUUGAGCUGUUUAAUCAGAAAUCUGAUAGUGUAUAGGCCUUCUAAUGUGGUUUGCAAAGUGAUGGGUUUAAGCAUCCAAAAGGAGAUGGAAGACUUAAGAUCACUACGUGGAAGCAGACUUUCUAAGUAGGUUUUCAUUUGUUUUGCAUUUCCAAGAACAAUACCCUGUAAGUCUGCUGCCAUCUAGUGGCCAAGAAGUCUUCCUUCUGCAUGUUAUGAUACUUGUAAUUGAAGUCUAGUUUGGGUACUAUUCGUACUUGGGUACAAUGGAUGUUUAUACUUUACAGUGUAAUAUUACAGAGAGUGGUAUUGAUUGUUAUUAUUAUUUUUUGCUUUUUUGCUUUCCCACCUGUGUUCGUACAAAAAGUGUAUUUAAAAAAGAAUCUUGGUCACAAAGUAUUAUUGUGUUUUUUAAUACUCAAUUUAAAAAUAUUUUGGAUUGUCAGAUAUUUGAGUAGUUUGUAUUUAUAGUUUCAGACUCGAAGGGGAGUGAGAGAAGGGGGGUGGGGGUAACCUACAGGGGGUCAUUUAACAAAGGUUGAUCUUACUUGAAGACAUUGUGUUGAUCCAAAUAGGUCAGAUAAAGAUUUAAAAAACUUGCAUAUUUGGAUUUGCCAGAUGUGUGUGGUUUGUAUUCAUUGUGUAUUACAUUGAUUGAUUAUGCUACCUCUAUUACUUGUAUGUUUCCAGAAAUGAUGGGUUUAUUUGUGAGAAAGCUUCUAAGUCACUAGGAACAACAACAGUCAAACAAAGUUAUGUCGUUGGAAACCAAAUACAGAUACACAAAUGUGAAACAUUUGGCUUUUAUGACAUUUCAUAAAUGCAACUGCUUACACAUUUGGUAAAAUGAGGAAGACAUAAUAAAUACUUCCUAAGAAUUGUGACGAGCAAUUACAAACAAAUACUGUCAUGUUGACUUUGUUCAUGAUAUCUCAUUAAGGAAAACAACUGAAUUGAAAUUAAUCUGUUUCACUCUAGUCAUUAAACAACAAGAUUAUUGAGUAGUGUAUAACUCCACUUAAUGUAAACAAAAUCCAUGCAUAAUAAACAAGGGCUUUUAUCCAAUGCAAUUGGAAACUAGAGAUAUGAUUCGGGUAAUUUAUAACAGGUAAACACACCGUUUGAAGCAUUUGCUGAAGAGAUAUGAUUCGGGUAAUUUAUAACAGGUAUACACACCGUUUGAAGCAUUUGCUGAAUUCCAACAUAAUCCCCUUUUUUUGACAAACACUUUGUGUGUAACUUACAUUUCCUCUAUGGGCCGAGUGUUUUUUGUUUUUCUUACAAAUAUUGAUUAAAUAUAAAUUACUUCAAGUAUUUCUUGAGGCCAAUGCCUGGUCUUACAGGCAGUAUUCAAAGCCUUUCAACAUGGUUGCUGCCAGUAUUUUAUCGUAUGUAGAUUCUUUCUAAUUGUUUAGUAUGUGUAAACACAGAUUCUUAAUUUAAAGACUAUUUGUGAAUGUUUUUUCUUAUUAUUUAAACAAAAAUCUAACCUCCAGUUUUGUUGAACUGAAGAGUCUUUUAACAACGUUGUUUGAGUAGGAUUGCUUCAAGCUAAAUGGUGUUUCUUCUGUGUUGUUUGUAGAUUAAUGUACAUUGUUAGUUGGUUCUAAUGUAACAUUUAUAUGCCACUGUUGGGUUUUUUCUUUUUCAGCCCUGCUGUAUCUGUUUGUUAUUGUCUUUAAGAGCUAGCAUGUAUAACUAGGCCUUUAUUUCUGCUACUUUUUUCCCUUGUUUUUGUCAUGUUAUAGCUUUGGACGCUAGUAUAUAGAAGCACACAAGCUGUAACUAUCAGUGAUAUAUAAUAAACUGUUGUUAUUUAACAGA